AUGGGGCAUAGUGAAGAUGAUGGAUACAGAGACAAAAAAUAUGAGCGCUCUCACCGGAGAAGAAGAAGCCGCAGCAGAGAAAGGGAAUUUAAUAGAGACAGAAAUAGAGAAAACAAAAGAAGCAAAGAAAAAAUAACAAAUGAUGAUAAGCCUGCUAUCAGAGGAAGAGGUAAUAAAGCAAGCGCAGGACUAAGAGCGUGGGAUGACAAAUUAUUCCCAGAAGAAAAAGCAAAAAAAACUCAGCCUCAGGAGCCAGCUGCUGAAUCUUGAAUUGACACAGAGAUAAAUUUUGCUGAAAAAUCAAGAAAAGAUGACCCAGAGAAAAAGAACCAAAAAUCAUUCUGGAAACAUGAUAAGUUUGACAUGGUCAACAAGAGCCCUGCUUUAGAAGAGCCGAUUGGAGGAGGAAUUUCAAGAUCUUCACCGAGAUAUAUGGUCAAGCACAGGUAGCAACCCUACACCCCCACCCCCCCACCCCCUCUUUUUUAAUGUACCCCCACCCUCCACCACCCCCCCUUUUAGUGGCACCCCCACCCCCCCUUUCACAGAUGGCACCCCUACCCCCCCCUUAAUAUAGUAUAGAUAUAUCACAAAUGCUAAUUUAGAGCAGGCGUAAUAAAUAAAUUAUUAUUUUAGAUAUUAAAAAUUACUGAUUUAUACAAUAUCAUAUAGCGUAGCGCAAUCGAUUAAGGAGCAGUGAAAAUUUCCUAUAACUACUAAGAACCCCACAUCUGAAGAAAUUUGCUGACAAGCAUAAUGAUCUUUGGUAUUAAUUAGCAGUAUAUCCUGUAUAUAUUUAUGAACUUUGUGGAACAAUGGCUAAAGAGUCCAUUUUAGAGAUCUAAAAGUAAAACUGACAAUAGCAAAUACUAUUUUUAUUAGCACAUUGCUUUUCAAAUGAAAGAGAUGCUCUAUAUAAGUUAGGCAGUAGAGAAUAAGAUAUGGAAUGCUAUAAAUAAGCUAUCAGAGUUGAUUCAAAUUAUGCUGAUGCAUACAAUAGCAUAGGAGUUAUCUUCUAUAAAGAAAAGAGUUAUGAAAAAACACUAAAACAUUGUAACGAUGCAAUUAAAAAAAUCCAAACUGUGGAGAUUAUUAUUAUAAUAAUAAAGGAGAUUAUUAUUAUUAUAAUAAUAAAGGAAAUGCUCUUAAUCCCCCCCUCUUUAAAUUGGAACAAAAAUAUAGGUAAAAUUUCCACUUUUUUGGUAAAUUAACCCCCUUUAAAUUGGAACAAAAUUAAUUUUAUAAUAAAAAAAUUAUAAUAAUUUUUAUGUAAAAGGUUUUGAUAUAAGUUAAAUGUUUCUUCUUAACUAAAAUCAAAAAUUUAGUUAUAUCUUGUUCUUGUUUAAAGAAGAGAGUAUAAAGAUCAUCUUAUUUAAAUAAAUUUAUUAUCCUUAAUUGCUAAAUUUUAAAAAAAAAAUUAAUUGUUUUUUUUAAAAAAUUUUUAUUCUUUUUUGAUAAAAAUGAUAUUUUUUAUUUAAAUAGUUUUGAUAUAAAUUCAAUAGGAAUUCAUUAUAAAUUUUAAAAUUUACUAAUUUCUUGCUUUAUUUUAAAGAAUAGAGUAUAAAUAGCAUAUUAUUUAAACAAAAAUUAGCACUUUGAUCGAUAAAUUUUCUAAAAUUUUUUUGUUUUUAAUUUUUUUUUUAUCAAUAAAAAUAAUAACUUUUGUGUAAAUAAUUUUGAUACCAAUUAAUAGUGGCGUAUUAACUAAUAAUGAUAUCUUGCUUUGUUUUAAAAAGAUAAAGAGUAAAUAGCAUUUUAUUAAACAAAUUUAUUAAUCUAAUUCGAUAAGUUUUUGAAUUUUUUAUAUAAAUUUUUUUUAUAAAAAAAAUUAAUCCCCUUUAAAUUGGAACAAAAUUUUUUGUUCCAAUUUAAAUGGGGGGAGUUAGAUAGUUAGGAAGAAGAGAAGAAGUUUUGGAAUGCUAUAAAACACAAUCAAAAAGAAUAAUGGUAACUCAAGAUGUGAUAUAGGCAUGGUAUGUAAGAAAAUAUGAAUAUAAUUAAUACUUGAAUUCGCAAAAAUUUUAUUUUAUGAAUUGAUUACUUUUAAACCUACUAUUUAAGCUAAUUAUCCAUCUUCUGCAUAUCCUGUAUUAGCUCAUAUUACAUCCAUCUUGAAGUUACCUACACUGUAUUCAUCUUCGCUGCACUCUGUAGUUAUUGUAUUGUGCUUGAUUCAUUUAAUAAUUACUGACAUUAUCAAUAUCUUUGGCAUUGUAUUUAUAAAUAUAAAAAACAAAUUUAAUAUAUUUCCUAAUUAAUUUUUAAUUAAUUUGAAUUUAUUAAUUAAUCGUAAUUAUUAAAGCAAUUUAUAGACUUCAUUUAUCAAUAUAGCGCUUUAAUUGGAUUAUAUUUAAAAUAUUCUUUUUAAGGGAGGGGGGUGGGGGUGCCAUCUGUGAAGGGGGGGGUGGGGGUGCCAUUUUUAGGGGGGUGGGGGGGUGUAGGGUUGCUACCUAUGCUUGACCAGAUAUAACUAA